ACACAAUAUUUUAAAUUAAAAUAAGAGAAACAAAGCCAAAGGGAAAUGUUGAGGCUAUUAGCUGGAAAAAGCCUGAACCAAAGGAUCUAGGGUUUUCUUCGCUUCGAUCUCUCUGUCCUUCUUUAACUUACAUGCAAAUUGAAAUCAUCUUUCUGCAAUUCCACCUUGCACAGUUCCUAGACACGUUUCGGUUUUGAAAUGAUAACACAAACUUGUUUUAACUUUUGUCAAAAAACGAUGCUGGAUUUGAAGUUAUAGUACUAGGGGUUUUCAUUCUGAUCGGAAUCCAUUUCCGACUCUUAAUCGUGAAAGAAACUUUUGAAAACAAGUGAGAGCCGUAAAAUAUGCGGGGAUUGCACAAAGGGAAAAGGGUUUCAUGGGCGUCAGAUCUUAAUCUUCGUCAGGUUAGGUUGUUUUCAUCUGAGGAUUGUCCUUCCCAAGUGGGAUUGGGUGCUCAAGAUCACCUUCAAGCAAAGGCAUCGUGGCUCUUGCAUUCAACUGGUUCGGGUUUGGGUUCUGAUGACACUUUGCCUCCUGGAUUUGAAGUAGCUCAUCCAGAGAAUCAGUUGCAGAUAAAGCUCUCACAAAUUCCUGUAAAUCAAUGGAGAUGUCCACCUAAGUUUGUGCUGAAUUUGACGUGGCGAGUGGUUGUUGGUGAAGAAAGCCAAGAGGUAGAUGUUGAAAAUCAGAGAGAGAUGAGAGUACUUGAAGCGGUUUAUCCUCGGGCAUCUGCAAUUCCUCCUAACCCUUCUGUGGUACCUGAUUCAGAACGUGCCAGUAUUGAUGACAGUCGGACACCUCUGAUUCCCAUUACUCCUGUUGAAGAUGAAGAUGGAGCAACGGAGUCUUCCUCCGAUUAUGCAAGUCCAGCCUCUGGCCUUAUGAGUGCACAGCCCUCCCCAUUUGUUCCUGCUGGUACUUCCACAUCUCAACAUGCUUUACUGAAUGCAAUGUGUUCUACUUCUAAUGUGAGUUCCAUGGUUGGAGUGGAUUUUGGCAACGAACGUGAUGUUGUUGCUGCUGCAUCAGCGGCACUCAGUGCACUAGUGAAGAGCAAUGACGUAGGUAACUCGAUUGACCGUGAAUUGCUUGUUAAUAUUCUCAACAAUCCAAAAAUGAUUGAACAGCUGGUUGUGGAUUCUGGUGCUUUGACUAGCACUCAAAAGCCAAUACCGUCUCCCGACCCACCGCUCGUACAUAUGCAUAUGUCUGAUACCAAUGCCACCAUUAUGCCUAUAUCAGGCAGUCCGUUUUAUUCUCAACCAAAUGGAGGGAGUGUAGGACCUGUCUCCAAUGCUCACCCUUCCUCAAGGGGCAUACCUGUUUCUUCCCUGCCCUCCACCGGAGCCCCAAUGAGGGACUUGAAUUACUAUAAAAGUUUGAUUCAGCAACAUGGAGGGGAGAGACAAGACGAUCCCCCUCGGCAGCAAUUCGGGAACCGUCACAAUCAGCCAUCGGGCACAAACCAGGAGUUCUUACAGAACCAGCCAUCAAGAGAUGCGAAGUUCAAGAUAAUGAAGCCUUGCAUAUACUUUAACAGCUCGAGAGGAUGUCGGCAUGGGGCCAAUUGCGCAUAUCAGCAUGACCCCAUGUUCCAGCAGAGAAGUAGUAGCGUGUCAGAAAUGCCUAGCUCCAAGAGAACAAAAGUCGAUAGAGAAAUCAGCAGUUAAAUGUAGAGUAUUAUUACUGAUCGAUGUGAAAGAUGGGAAUGCUUUUGCCCACGAUUUCAUCUCUUUAGCUGGAAAUCUGUUUAAUCAGUCUCUUUUUCUUUUUUUUAUAUUUACCUGCACAAGAUAACCUUAUGAUGAUUUUGGAUGAGGCCAGAGCCUUCGUUGCCACCAUUGAUUUAGUAAUUUUUUAGUAUGAAACAGAAUGUCCUUUUGAUGAUGAA